UUGAGUCGUGGCUGCCGAAGCGAGCAGACGUGCGGACGCUAAAAAUACAAUAAGAAACAGUGCUUGUGAGUGCCUGUGGAACACGAGUGUUAGAAAGUUCUGUUUUAACAAGUUUUUUAUACGCAAAUAAAUUUUAAUUUACAACAUUUUUUUUUCGUUUGGAAAAAAGCUAGUUACGUGAAUCUGGUUCGCCCGUUUUUCCGGUGCAGGUACAAAGAUGAUAAAAAGGCAGAAAAUACGCAAGAAACUCCGGUGAGGCCGAUAGGUCCACGUAACAAUGUGACAACAGUGUCAAACAGUUAAAACUAAAUACUAAAAUACUCCUAAAUAAUUCUCCUAACACUUUCCUAAUCUAGGUUUUAGUCACAAAAGUUAGUGCCAAUAGAAAAAAAAUACAGAAUUAUAAACGUAUAGAAGUGACAUCGAACUUUGGAAGCAACGAUAAAAUCACAGUGCCACAUUAACAAAAAAAAACAUUGAACUUUAAAAAAAAAUUACAAAUUAACAUUUGGACAAUUAAAAAAAUAUAGUGAUAAAUUUUUGUGUGGAAAAAAAAUUGUGAAAAAUUUCCAAAAUUUUGGACUUAACGGGUGAUGUGUUAAGGAUGGAUCUCCACGCUCCGCAGUUGGUAGUCCAUUCUUAUGAGCCACAUGCCCCACUCCUCGAGGUGGAAGGACUGGAUCCUCACAGUCCUCAGCAGAAGGUGCUGAUUCAUGCACCAACUUUACAAAGCCAGGAGUUGAUGAGCAGUGACCAUCGGAACGGAGGUGAGCAGAGCUAUGAGUACGACUUUACAGAUGAGCAGUAUCACGCGCACAGCAGCAACCAGAGCGGAGACGGCCACGGCGGAGUAAAUCAACUAGGAGGAGUCUUCGUGAACGGCCGUCCCUUACCCGACGUGGUGAGGCAGAGGAUUGUCGAGCUGGCGCACUCCGGAGUCAGGCCGUGUGACAUCAGUCGACAGCUGAGGGUGUCGCACGGCUGCGUCUCCAAGAUACUGUCCAGGUACUACGAAACGGGCAGUUUCAAGGCGGGCGUGAUCGGAGGCUCCAAGCCGAAGGUAGCCACGCCGCCGGUAGUGGACGCGAUCGCCGCAUACAAGAGAGAGAACCCGACGAUGUUCGCCUGGGAGAUCAGGGACAGACUCCUGAGUGAGGGGAUCUGCAGCCAGGAUAAUGUGCCUUCCGUGUCCAGUAUUAAUAGGAUCGUUCGCAACAAAGCGGCAGAGAAAGCGAAACAGGCGCACAACCAGCAGCAACAGCAACAAGAACAGGAGAUCAGCUCGGCGCAGGGCAGCGUUGUAUCUGUGAUAACCCACGCAGGCAACGCACCAGGCACGACAGCAGUCCUGUCUCCCACCACAGACCAGCACGUGACGAACACCGGCAGCUACAGCAUCAACGGCAUCCUGGGUAUAGAGCAGGUGGAAGGCUUGCAUAAUGGCAACGCGACGGGGCUGAAGAGGAAGAGGCAUGAGGACCAGGACGAGAAUCGGGACUUCAACAGCCAUUCGGAAGACGACGUGAAAAGACAAAGAAGUCACUACAAUGGUGAUCAAAUAUACUCUAACCUCUGGUCAUCAUCAAAAUGGAGUCUGAAAGACGAAUACAAGCUACUAUCGGAGCUCGGCGGCGCGGCGGGUGGUGCCACUGGCUACUACGGAGAACUCUUUGACACUCCCUACGAGCACGCUGCUCAUCCGCAUUAUACGCCGCAUUCAGCGCACAAUCGCCUGCCUACGUUAGGGCAAACAUCUCUACAACCACUCUCAACAAAUGACUCGACGGGUUCGAACGGAGGGGCGGGAGGAGAGCCCCCCUCGGCGGCUGCGAGUCCUGACGCAGCAGCGCUGGUUGUCCUCCAACCUCCGGCGCCGCCGUACCCUCCGUAUGCUCAUUAUGAUGGUACGACAACAUUAGCCAGUGAAUACGCGUACGCGGCUCCCUACUCACAGUACUCGCCCUACGGAGGACCCUACUCGCAUUCCGCCGCCACCGGCCUACUGUCCAAGUGAUAUCAACGUACGCCGUGCGAGUAGUGGCAGUCGGCGGAUAACAACGAACAAACAUAAGUGAUAAUCGGACACUAAACUUAUAUGUAUAUCGAUUGAUCAUGUGAGAAAAUUAGUUUUAUUUCUAUAGGCAAUCUCCUUUGUAGAUAAAUUAAUAUAUUUGUACAAUCCUUUAUAAUCUUUAUUUCCUAAAAGCCUAAUUUUAUUCAGGUCAGUACAUUUGCUUUCUCGAACAUUUAAAACAAUUAAUAAUUCAUUUAUACUCAUUAUAUUUAAUUAAAUGAAAGUUCAGAGAGCCAAAGUUACUUCACUACGUUAAGAUGUAAAUAAUGUAUUUUAAUGAAAUUGUACUUAAUUCAUUUAAUGUCAUUAAUAGGAUUAAGGUUUAUUCUCUUUUUUUACCUCAGCAUAGUUACAAAGUAGUGGGUAAUUUUGUGUAACAUUUAAUUUUUAAUACUUCCAAUUUAUGUUUAUUUAAGCUGUCCUGUGUGCACAAUGGAAUGAAGAUUUUACAUUUAAAAUCAUUUAUUAUACAUUUAAAAUCGUUAUCAUUUAUAUAAGUUAUCUAAUUUAUUUCUUUUGUAUUGUUAUUGAAUAUAUUUGCUUCCUAUGAAGCGUUUAACAAAUUACUUGGCAAGUCAACUGCUUAGUGUAUUAUUUAGAAUAUUUUUUUGAAAUUACUAUGAGAUUAUUCGUGUUUUUUUUGUACUUUUUAUAUAAAAAAUGGUUAGUUUUAAUUAUACGUGUAUAGCAUGUUCAAAUUAGCACGCUGUAUGCCAUAAUUAUAUAAAAAUAAUAAGUUCAAAUAAUUGUUUUAUUGUAAAAGAAAUAUUAGUUAUCAAAUCUUAUCGUUUCCGUCCAUUUAUUAUUAUUAUUGAUUAUUAAUUUCUCAGUUGUAAUUGAGAUUUGUUUAAAUGUAAAUAAUAUUUUCUCUUAUCCCGAUGAGCAUGAUUUUAAUAUUGUUUUAAAACAUACGUCAUACAGUUUAGAGAAACGCCAAAGACUUAAAAAAAUAUUGUAACGUCUUUAGUUUACAGCGCAGUAAUAAUAGUUUAAUUUUAUAUGAAAAACAAGCAAUAACUUUUCACCAAAGAUACAAAAUAGCGGGCCUUUUUCUGAUGAAACUUUUAAUAUAACCCUUUUAAAUUAAAAUUAUUAAAUCAUGUUUUUAAACAAUGUUUUGUGAAGUUGAUUUUAGAUUUUAAAAUAGUUUUUUUUUUCAAUUCUUUAUAAUUUUGUAUAAUACUAUCUAUUUUUUAAAUAAAUGUAUUAGAUAAAAGGUCUGAGCUGUAUAAAGUAUUCUACUCAUUUUUGUAUAAUAAUAAUAAUUUGCAUUCUUCCUAUUUAUUAAAUAAUUUGGUGUCGCUUAUUAUUUCACAAAGCAUAUCGUAAGUGAUCGUUGUGAUCGACAUAAUAAUAGAUGAAUGAUAAAAAAACAUGGAUUUUUCUGUUUAAUUUUAUAAUAAUAAAGUAUAUUUGUAAGGCAAACGCACCAGUACGAAAUAAAGCAU